AUGCCAGAAGCUGAGUGGAGAGUAGUGGGUAUGGAGACCAGGACAGUAGCUGAGUGGAGACUAGAGGGGUAUGGAGACAAGACAGUAGAUGAGUGGAGACUAGAUGGUAUGGAGACCAGGCCAGAGGUGUUGGAGUUGGAGAGGAGUCUAGGGGGGGUGUUGCUGGAGAACCCUAAACCCCUGUUGUUUAAAGAUAGCUACCACAACUUGCGUCUGUCCAUCCAUGACAUCCCUCACUCACAAUGGAGAAGCAAACUACUGGCCAAGUACCAGGAGAUUCCAUUCUACCACAUCUGGAGUGGUGGUCAGAGACUCCUCCACUGUACCUUCAGCCUAGAGAGAGGCAGCCUGGCCGUGUCUCAGCUCUCCUGUAAGAUCUGUGUUAGACAGGUGGAAGGAGAGGGACAGAUCUUCCAGCUGCACACUGACAUACAGGAGACCCUCUCGCCCUGCUCCUCCCUCCCCUCGGGGGGUACAUGCCUGUCCUCCUCCCAGGUGGGGCCCUAUGCCUUCCGUCUGCCCACCUCCAUACGACAGAAGAUCUGUGCCAGUCUGGAUGCCCCCAGUGCCCGCGGCUGUGACUGGAGACUACUGGCACACAGCCUGGGCUUCGACAGGUAUCUCAACUACUUUGCAACAAAGCCCAGCCCCACAGGAGUUCUGUUGGACCUAUGGGAGGCCAGUCACCAAGGCGAUGCAGACCUGGUGUCCCUAGCGACCGCUCUCGAGGAAAUGGGCAAAAGUGAGGUCCUGGUUGUCAUGGCAACAGACGGCGAUUGCUGAUUGGUCAAAGAAA